CUGAUGUCUCACUUCUAAAUAUUCAUAUAAUUUACUUGAUUUUUGUGUUUCUAUAGCAUUUUAGAUAUUCUAGGCCUACUUAACGUCAUGUGUCCUACAGUUAACAUCUAAGUUGAAACAUUGAAAUUAUAGCUAACAAAAUACUUAAUUUCUGCUACUCUUAUGGAGUACCAAUAUUGAAAAAUGUUUUCAAACAUCUAUAUUUCCUGAUUAUCUAAACAAAUAGCUUUGAUCAUUUCUCAACAAGUACCUUGGAACUGGGACCAUGUAAUGGGGACUUUUCCUGUAGAUCCAGAACUUGGAAAGGAUACCAUGUUACUCUUUUCCUACUUUUACCCGUUAGAGGUGUCCAACUUCAAAGUAACUAGCCCAACUAGCCAUUCAGUGUACACAUUAGACCAUGCCAGAAGUUCCAGUGAUGGAAUGCGCAGACAUAUCAUCUACAAUCUGUCAAAUGAGACUGGUGUUUGGAAAUAUGAAAUUUGGUUGAAAAAUAUGGAACCUACACCAAAUGCUACUCUUACUGUUACAUCAUUACCACAUAAUCGUGAAGUAAAACCAGUCCAAGUAUCUGUCCACUUGUUUGUGGAUGAAACCCCCACAGGCCAUUUAGGAAGAAAGUUAUCUACUCGUGUGAUUGUUGUUGCUGAUGUUCGCCAGGGAGUAUCACCUAUUAGUGGUGCCUGUGUAAUGGCUGAAAUCUCUCGCCCUGAUGGAGCAACUGUUUAUAAAAACUUGCCUGACAAUGGCCUUGGAGAUCCAGACUUUUGGAGUAGUGAUGGACUCUAUUCCAACUACUUUACUGAGUUUUCAGGAGGAGGAAGAUACUCUGUGAAAGUCCAAGUGACAAGUGUUUUAGGAAGAACUCAAGUUGAGACAGUGUUUCAACAUGGCAUUGCUCGGAAAAUGGAGGGGCAUUUUCAGCGAGUUGUCUCAGUAGGCACCUUUAUAAAUGCCAUUGAUUUCAACUCUACUGAAGAAGACAGAAUACCUCCAAGUGAAAUACAUCGUUUAGAAAAUGUUUCUCCCCCAUUCAAUGAUGGGGUUAUUACUAUUCGUUUGGUGGCACCAGGGGAUGACUAUAAUGUUGGAAUAGCUGCAAACUAUGAAAUAAAGUACCUGAAAACCGAUUUUCCAGAUGAAGUUAUUGAAGAAUUUGAAAAUAUUAAACACAAUGUCAUUUCUGUUAAUGAUAUAAUUAGGGGUUCCCUUGAACCUCAACCGGCUGGCACUGUGCAGUAUAUAUCCUUUUACUUACCAGAGGGAAAUUACUAUGUAGCAAUUCGUGCUAUUGACAAAUCUGGUAAUAAGGGUGGUGUGAAGGAAGCAGUGAAUGUCCAGUCUGUGUUGCACUGUCCAAAAGAUGAGGCUUUAUUUCCUCAUCCUUCAGAGUGUUCUAAGUACCUAAUAUGUUCCAUUUCAUUGUUAAAGCCACAGCUAAUGGCCUGCCCACAUGAAUUGCACUUCAACCCACAGAAGAAGUAUUGUGAUUGGCCAGAAAUUGCUGAUUGUAAGACGUAUGAAAUCCCCAAAAUGAACAACAUUAAAAGUAAAUCAAAUGGUAUUGGCUGUUCAAUCCAUGCUCCUCAAAGAAUAAUAAACAGACCAUAGAAUGAAAAACCUGAAAAAUCUUCUUGUAUUAAAAAAGCUAAUAUGUAUUAAGCAAAAGAUAUUUGUUAAAUAAUAUAUUUAAAAUUUGAAUUCUUAGAGGGCUAGAUUAAUUCUAUCAAUAAUUAUUUAGUUUGCUUUUUACUUUCAUCAAAAGGGAUCCUUAACCUAAAUUCAAGUACCAUUUUUAGUAAUCUUUUUUUGAAUAUAAAAGGCAAUUCAUUUUUACAGUUAAACUUUUUAAAACAGGCUUUAAGUGGUUUCUCAAAAGGUCUUUGAAAAUGUAAUUUUUUAGUAAAAAGUAAGCAACAUUACAACUAAAGUAUUACUAUUAAAAUGUGUGUGUGUAUAUAUAUAUAUAUAUAUAUAUAUGUAUAUGUAUACAUACAAACAUGCAACUAAAUCUUGGGAUUAUAUGU